AUGGACGACCAAAUCUCACCCUUGCGCCACUACGUCCUCAACACCUCCUUCCACGGUUUCCGCUUCAUCGCGGAAGCCGGAAGACACUGGACCGAACGCAUCUUCUGGACAGUGUGUUGUGUCUUAAGCUGGACCGCCACAGGUCUCCUCAUCAAGUCAUCAUGGGAAGACUUCCAGAACAACGCCAUUAGUUUCGUCGUGGACACCAGCUACCUGGACUGGGACACCAAUUUUCCCUCGAUUUCGGUGUGCGAAAGCGACAACCAGAAACGCAUAGCGGAAAUAACGGAUCAGACCUAUGGAGACCCCCACGAUUACAAUUUGGACGAAAUCGUCAAGGAGUUGGUGUAUUUCAGGGGUUUGUCGUUUUACACGCUUCAGAUUUGCGGACCGGAGGCCCAAAUGCCCAGCGAACACUGUUUUAAGAGGAGGUUUAGCGAUUUUUCGAAGGAUGUGAGGAGUAAUUGUAGCCAGGUUUUCCGGAAGUGUCGAUGGAACGACCAAGAGUUUGAUUGUUGUGCGUACUUUGGAGAGAUUGACUCGGAAAUGGGGGUUUGUUUUGCUAUUAAUUCGAUUCAGGUGAGGGAUAAAAAGACGAAGUGGUUGUCGAUGGUUUCGAAUAUCAAAAAAGGGCCAGGGAGUUUGUACUUGGAGAUUAAUGGGUUUGCCAAUGUUUAUAUUUUGGGGGAGCAGGAAGUCCCUUCGUUGACGACUCUGACGACGGAUGUGAUGCAGAUUACGCCUCAUAUACACUAUCACAGGUUUUUGGCCAUUAAAGAAAUUGAUAACCAACCAGAAGUAAAAGACGUAAGUAUUCGUCAACGUAAAUGUCGUUUCAAUGAUGAAUCCGAUUUGGACGCUUACCGUUACUACAGUUACAGCGCUUGUUGUGUCCAAUGUCGCAAAGAUGCCCAAAUGCGAAUUUGUGGCUGUGCCCACCAUCUAAUGCCCAAUAUUCCUGCAAGUACCCAUUGUAAUAUCACUGGUCUGUAUUGUCUUAGUAAACAUUACAACGAACUGUCUGUUCUCAAACCGUAUUGGGCCAACAGGACGGGACUUGUUUGCGAUUGCUUACCCAGUUGUACUGAAAUCGAACUGGCGGUAAUCAAAGACGACAAAUUUGGAAUUCCGGAUGAUUUUGCCAUUCUGGAACUGUCUUUGGAGCGACUACCGACAGAACGUUACAAGAGAAACGUUGUUAGAGGGAAACUGGAUUUAGUUGUGUCAAUGGGAGGCAGUACCGCGUUGUUUUUGGGCGCUAGUAUCCUGAGUUUUGUCGAAGUGGUGUACUAUUUUCUAGUACGACCAAUAAGCAACUCGAUUUUGGCUAAAGAAAAAGCCCGUGAAAGUAGGAAGUACAAACGUAAAGAUAAAGCAGGAAUGCUGAUACUACCGACGAUUUCUUAA